AUGUCUGCCCCUCCCCCAAUGCCAAUGCUCAACGCUCAACACGAGCGCCUCAUCCUCGAGCUUCUCCCCUUCAAAGACCCCGCCAAGUUCAAGGAAUGGCUGAACAGUGACCUUGUUCAAGGCUCGUGGGCUGAAUUCUGGCGAGACUGCGUUGCCAAGAUACGCGGUACGCAUCCGGAGCCUGACAAAACGAAGACGGCGGAAGCUGCGAAGAGCGCUAUCAAUGGGCGGAGUGUGAAAUUUCUUGUCUACCAUCCCGACAAGAUGAAUUGGACUACCGACGAUCACCAUGUGAGGUUCAUUGUGACUGUCAUACAGGAUAAUAUGCUCAAGAACUUGUGGUCAGAUUCGGAUUGGAAGAAGAGGGCAUUGGAAGUGUGCAAAGCUGUUUUCGAAGUCUUGUGUUAUCUGAAAGCGAGCUGUUACGCGGUCGAGGUGUCUGGGCCACCCAGCUACUCACAGUGA